CUCCGGCCGCGCUCUUUACAUGCACCACACAAACACUUUGCGGCUCUCCACACUUUGGGCAUCAUUGGUCCCGACCGACUCUUGGGUUUACCACGUUUUUAUUCGCUCACCCGUGUUUCGGCCUACACUAAGGGCCGGCAGCCGACUGAAAAUUUUCUGCACAAGCACCAGGAAUUCACUUGCUCGAAGUCCCCCCUCAAUGUCAAGCAGCUGACACAAGACCGAAACUACCCCCGCCUUGACCUCACUGGUUCGCGUCAAAUUGGCGCUGUCUUGCUCACGGCGUCUUCUCCUCAAGCCGCCGCAAAUCUUCGGUUCCAGUCUCCUGAAGAAGCCGCGCCUCAACCAAUUUCGCAAAAUGGGUGACAUUACGCACGCGACCAUCAAAGAUGGGUGGUUCCGCGAGAUUUCGGACAUGUGGCCUGGUCAGGCCAUGACCCUCCGGGUCAAGAAGGUGUUGCACCAUGAGAAGAGCAAGUACCAGGACGUCCUCAUCUUCGAGUCCACCGACCACGGCAACGUGCUGGUGCUGGACAACGUCAUCCAGUGCACUGAGCGGGAUGAGUUCUCGUACCAGGAAAUGAUCACCCACCUGGCCAUGAACUCUCACCCCAACCCCAAGAAGGUUCUCGUCAUUGGCGGCGGCGAUGGCGGUGUCCUGCGCGAGGUCGUCAAGCACGAGUGCGUCGAGGAGGCCAUCCUCUGCGACAUUGACGAGGCUGUCAUCCGCCUCUCCAAGCAGUAUCUGCCCCACAUGGCCGUCGGCUUCAACCACCCCAAGGUCAAGGUCCACGUCGGCGAUGGCUUCAAGUUCCUCGACGACUACAAGAACACCUUUGACGUCAUCAUCACGGACUCCUCCGACCCCGAGGGCCCGGCCGAGUCGCUCUUCCAGAAGCCCUACUUCCAGCUGCUCCACGAUGCCCUCCGCGAGGGCGGCGUUAUCACCACCCAAGGUUCUGAGAACCAAUGGCUCCACCUGCCCCUGAUCACCAAGCUCAAGAAGGACUGCAGUGAGAUCUUCCCCGUCGCCGAGUACGCCUACACCACCAUCCCGACCUACCCCUCGGGCCAGAUCGGAUUCAUGGUCUGCUGCAAGGACCCCAACCGCAACGUCCGCGUCCCCGUCCGCACGUGGAGCAAGGAGGAGGAGCGCAAGCUGUGCAGGUACUACAACGCCGAGAUUCACAAGGCCAGCUUCAUCCUGCCCACCUUCGCGCAGCAGGCCCUCGAGUGAGGAUAAGAUCGCCAGCCAGGGGAAUGAAAAAAAAUGAAAAAGAAAACGUGUUGGAGAGUAUGUGCCUUACUCAAGGGAGGGGGUUAAACCGGGAAAAGAGAGAUUUCGCAUCUAGCAUCUCAAGGUGAUACGGCAAGAGCUGCUUGGGGGAAAAAACAGAGACAGCCGUCCUUGGCCGGCCAGAUAAAGCUGCUACAGCGGCAGGGCGUAGAAGGCCCGGCGGGCAUCUGGACAAGAGCGAAUAAGAAGCAAAAUAAACUCCAGAAUAGACUUGCGUCCUCUCCCCCACUUUCCAACCUCCCCACCAUCAACAACAAUCCCCCCACCCUCUCCU